UCGAGCACAAAAAGGCACAGACUUAUAUUCAGAGUUUCAGACACCAAGAGCAUCUUGUACCACCUACGCAGAGUUUUGUUUGCUUGCUUGUUUGCUUGUCAGUGUCCAGAAUGGCAGCGAGGGUGGCGUGGAUCGGCGCGGCGGCGGCGGUGGUGGUGGUGGCGCUGAUGGCCGGUGGCGCGGCGGCGCAGCCGCCGUCGUCGACAAGCGGGUGCACGCAGACGCUGCUGAGCAUGUCGCCGUGCCUCAACUACCUGACCGGGAACGAGACGGCGCCGUCGGCGUCGUGCUGCGGCAAGCUGGGCGAGGUGGUGAAGUCGCAGCCGGAGUGCCUGUGCGUCGCGCUCAACGCCGACACGGCGGCGCUCGGCCUCAGCAUCAACCGCACCCGCGCGCUCGGCCUCCCCGACGCCUGCAAGGUCCAGACGCCGCCGGUCAGCAACUGCAAGAGUGGCGCUGCUGCUCCUCCUGCGGGACAGACGCCGACGACUCCGGCGGGGACAGGGUCGAAGGCGACGCCGGCGACGCCCGUGGGCUCCGGCGUCGCGCCGCUCCGUGUCUCGCCGGUGGGGAUCCUCGCCGGCAUCGUCGUCGCCGCCGUCUACGCCGUCUCCGCCGUGUGAGCUCGACGUCGACGACGAACCCGGCAAGCCUAUCACCGUCUGUAUCAAUCUUGAUCGGUGCACGCAUUUGAGGAUUUCGAUGUGAUGUGAGCAUGGCACGCGUGCGUGUAGGAAUUCGUUACGGAUUUGAGCUGUUCUUCCUCCAUUGGUUUAUGCUACUGCUGCUCCCAUUUGUGCCACGAUCAGAGGAGCUUGUUUGAUUAUCUUUUUAUUAUUAUUAUUAUCUAGGAUUGAUUCAUCACUUCCAUUAAUUCUGAAUAAAAACUUGUAUUUCUCCCUAAUUUGAUUCUUGUGGCUGCUCCUCUUCCAAUC